CAUCGUCUAAAUAAAGAAUUUGGAAUUUCAAUGUUCACCUGAAAAAAAAUGUAUUUUGAAUGAUAAUAUCAAUAUUAGAAGGAGGAAAAAGUAAAUAUGUAUGGAUAUGUGUUAGUGUUUCUUUUCUUAACCUGUUUAGCAGGAACAUCAUUCUCGGCAUGUCCACCUGGACACUGCAGCCUAGACGAAACGAGUUUAUUGCAAAAUGAAAACUGUGACAUCGAAGCUGACACCGAGUGUGACAUUAAUGUCAACUGUAAUGGAGAUGGGAAAUGCUUCUUUGACCAGUACACGAAAAACAUCACGUGCAUCUGCUCUGAGAAAAGAAUUGGUGACACGUGUCAAAACAAUUAUACUGCAAUAGAAACGCCAUGUUCUUCUACCCUUGAUUGCCAUGGUGGUGUGUGCAUAGAGGCCGUACCGGGGGAUAAUACGACAAAUUAUUGUGAUUGUCCUUUGGGCUUCAAAGGAUCAAGAUGCGAACACAUAGAUAGAAAAUUCCUUUCAGAAAGUUGGGAAUGUGAAAAUGAAGCAAAGGCAUAUAUUCAAGGACAAUACUUUGGGUGCUCUUGCAAAUGUGGUACUGUCGGACAGUUUUGCGAGAAAAUGGACGAACGAGCUCUUUAUCAGAACAAUUGUGAUAAUCGACUUUGUAAAAGGGGUAAGUGUGUUCGAUUUAUAAGCGGUUGGCGGAUUAGCUAUGGCUGUAAAUGUCCAAAUAGUUUCACGGGUACAUUUUGCCAGUACCCAAAUACAAAGGAAAUACUACCACAAAAACAAUCUAGGAGCCAGUGUCCAAGUAUGAGAAACAAUCGAAUGUGUAGAAAUGGAGGUUCUUGUUUUGUAAAUAAUGAAAACGGAUGGCAUACUUGUGAGUGCCCAUGUGGAUUUCAUGGUGAUUUUUGCCAGUUCAGGGACAACAUUACAAAUGAUAAUUACAUAGAUCCCUGUGUUAAAAAUGCGAACUAUGGUAAAGAUUUAUAUAGUUUAGGUGCUUCGGAAACAGUUGGAAUAACACUCGCUGUAGUCGUUAUUGUAGCAUUUCUAAUCAUAGUUGUUUGGUAUAUGAACGAUAGAAGAAAACAUAAAGAGGGAUCAGCACAGAAUGUUCAUACAAGACAAAAUUUCGAACAGUUUAAUACACACUUUUCCUUGAAUGCAUCACAGAAUUCCAUUCCUGCUGUAGGUUUCAUAGGUCCGCCAAGCUAUGAAGAAGUAUGCCAACAACCGCCGACAUAUUUUGAUGCUUUGCGAAGUAUGCCUUAUUAGAACAUAAGUUUAGCAUACAGCCUUGUCUUCCAAAAGUAGGUGUUUUAGGCAAACAUAUGUAUAUAUUUUGUUUUUGUGUUCGUUGUGAUUGUGAUUGUAUAACAAACAUAAACUUUGAGUGAUAAACCUUUAACUACUUACUAAAUAAUGCAUUUAUGGAAUAUAUAUAUAUAUAUAUAUAACUGAUAACAAGAUUGUAACCGAGUAUUUAAUAGCUGAAUACGCAAAAAUAUUAAUUGACUGGUGAGUGCUAAAAUAUUUACUGUGAUCUAAUAUCGUCUCUUAAGAUAGAAAUACCGUGUUUUCUGCACUUUUCUUUCAAAUUAAACUCGUUUUCGAUAUUUAUUCAUUCUUUUGGGUAUACUAAAAAAUGUAUUAAUUGUGGUAAAUCUAAUUUGGAAGUAAAAGUGAAUCUUUAAUGUAAUUUCUUGGACAAUUUGUUUGAAAACUGCUCGAUAAUAACUAAAACACUGUAAUAAAUAAUAACAGUUGAUUAACGAGUAUGUUGAGUUGGAAUGCCUGGUUACAGGCAUGUUAUUUUGGAGGGCCAAGUGGAAGGAAUAAUUAUUUCUUUAUAUUGUUUUUUUUUAGCAAAAAAAAACGUUGAAAUGUCAUGCAGUUGAUGAUAUCGUUUCAGAAGGCUUUUCAAAUAAGAACGCAGUUGUGUGCCAUUUAAAAAAGAAUGUAUUUGUUUAUUUAAUUAUUUACUUUUUGUGACGAAAAAAUAAUAAGAAUGAUUAGUGAAAUAAAUUUGAAAAAAUCUG